AUGCUGGCUGCUCCCAAUGGCUGUUGGCAAAUGGGUGGUGGUCCUGCGAUCGCAGAAUACUGCUGCAGCGCCUACCAGCAUCCCGAGGCUGUUGCCGAGUGCUUCAACCGCGUCUUCACCUUCGAUGUGUGCUGUCGUGGGAAGGCGUCCCCAUUCGUGCAGUGGCCCCUGAGCUUCAUCAUUCUCGGCUUCCCUGGAUGCGGAACAACCAGCAUGAUCAGGGCACUGGAAGCCCACAAGAGUGUGUCUGUUCUUCGGCGUGACCGGUAUGGGAGGCCGUGGAACGGCACCGAAAUGCAGGCGUUGGGCAAGCUCAUCGAGGCCGGAAACAGAUCAUCCAUAUUAGGCUUCGGCCUGUCAUUGGCGCGAGGGCAAAGGACCUCGCGCAAACGAUUGAUGUCCGAUCCCACCGCGGUGUUUGAUGCGGGCAAGACGUGGGCUCUGCUUCAAGUACGGCAGGCGAAAUUCUUGGUGAUGUUGCGAGACCCGGUGUCAUGGCUGGUGUCGCAGACGUGCAAACAACCGUGCGGAGAAGAUCAUUACCGCUGGAAUCUUUGCCAUCGGUUGCCAAAUUGGGCCAGUGGACCCGCCGGCGAACACACAUUGCGAGCACCGUUGGCUGAAUGGGUUCGGGUCUGCCUGACAAUGUCAACUUGGGAUCUUUGCACAGGGUUGAGUAUGGCCUCACCUUAUUUUUCGAGCGCAGUACAAAGACUCGUUGCCAUGUUGCCUCACCGCGACCAACUGGCUAUGUUGAGCUUAGAGGGGCUUUCGGCAGAACCUGCUGCUACGAUGCGAGCCGUUCACAACUUCCUGCAGCUCGACUUACCGCGACAGUUCGAUUCAUCAACAAGUCCUGCUGCAUACAAUGUUAAUGUUGCAGGUGCAACGUGCAGGCAGGGCAUGCACAAGAGUGUGGACAGCAGGAUCAAUAUGUUCUUUCGACGAGAGCGACGCUAUUUAGCUUCCGCACUUAAGGCGUUCGCGCCCGGGAGUUUGCAACUCCCUGCCGGGUGGCGACGAUUCUUGCGACCAUUUCCGAACAUGACGGCUGACGUCGCAGAAAAGCUGGCACGUCAGCCACUCAAGCCGGUCGUGGUAUCCACGGCUUCAAAAGACUUGUCGCAGUGA